AUGACAUUAAUUAAGAGUAGUCUAGCAGAUUUCCAUCUCUGUGAGAGCAUGGACUGUCAGAUCACCCCGGACUGGAAUCUUGUCACCAUUGCCAAUGCAUAUGGCAAAGGCUUUUUUGAUUACCCUGCAAGAAAUUUCAGCUGCUGCAUGAUACAUUUGAACAGAAGCUUGCAGGUCAUCUCCAGUGCAAUGGAUCUGCAAAGCAGACUUUAUAGCCAAUGCUGUAAACAAGCAUGUCCUUCUGCGAGAGUCUAUCCCAGAUUUCUCAAUAUCUUGGGUGACUUUGCUGAUAUCCUCUUAAACCAUUUCAUUUCCAAGAGCUGCAAUCUGAUUACCCAAACAUCUGGAGAGAGCAAUGACGAAUUUAAUGUCAAUUUUUCCAAUUUCGAGUAUGAAGCCAACCUGGCUAGAUAUAAUAAUAUUUCUAGACCCUUCGCAACUCUUGCCAAUGCCGAGGACUUGUCCAGUGAUGGGCAAUACGACUUAAGAGAUUUUGUAUUAGAAGAAAACAUCUUCUCUCAUGCAAGAUUAAUGGAUGUAGACAUUGAUUUCAAUCAAGAUAUAUCUACAGAUAUCGAGUCUCCACUUGAAGUUGGUCCUGUUUACUUCUGUGUCCGCAAUGUCGUUGAACAUAGAGAGUCAUUAAACCAACCUGAAAGUGUUGAAACUGUCAUAAAUGCACUCAUGUCACACUACAAGAUGAACACUCAUCUUAAGAGGGAGUAUACUGUCCGUCCUGUGACAUACAAUAUGUGCCAGGAAGUCUGUAUCUGCUUUGACACUGUAGAAGCUGGUCAGUAUGAAGAUGAGGAAGUGCAGUGCCCUCACUAUGAGAGAGGCACUUUAAUUCCUGUGCAGACCUUCCAGCUUGUGCCUCUCUCUGAACAAUUACGAUUUAAGCUUGGUAAUGCCCAGAAACAAACCAAGAUGGCAUAUGGCAGAAACCAUCUUUCAGAUAAAGUUGGUUGUACAACAUCUGUUAUCCUCGAUGGUAAUGCUGUCAAACGUUUGGUUCAGAGUGAUGUUAUUGAUCAGAAUGAUAUUUUGAUAUCAAUGUUUGUUGAUCAAUUCAAUCUUUUUGAUAAUUCAAAAAUGUCAGCAACUGUUGUGCAUGUUAUCAAUCUCAGUAUUUAUCCAAAACUAAAGUACAAUAUUAGAAGCUAUACAUAA